UCGUGUUCCUCGUAUUGGUUUCUCCUCAUGGCCUGGAUGAUCUACACCUCUCUGGAGCUCGUCAUCGCCGUGGCAUGCUGCCUGGGGAACGUGCUGGUGGUUUGGGCCGUGUGUUUGAGGCGGACCUUUCGUCAACCUACCUUCUGUUUUGUGGCGUCUCUGGCCGUGGCUGAUUUCCUGGUGGGGGCGGUGGCAGUGCCCCUGGCUGUGCUGGUGGACGGGUGGGUGGAGAUCCCAUUCCAGGCCUGUCUGGCGGUCAGCUGUGUGGUGCUGGUGCUGACCCAAGCGUCUGUGCUGUCCCUACUAGCUAUUGCUGUGGACCGAUACCUGCGUGUCUCAGUACCUCUCAGGUAUAAAGAGAUCGCAACCGAGCAGCGUUCCUGGACUGCAGUGGUCCUGUGUUGGUUGAUAUCUUGUCUGCUGGGUUUCACCCCUCUCUUUGGAUGGCAUAAUGGCGAUUCCCAGUCCUCUCUACUCUUAAACUCUUCGCAUAUCAACUGCACCUUCUUAGCUGUCAUCUCUCUGCCCUAUAUGGUCUACUUCAACUACCUGGGCUGCAUCCUUCUCCCAUUAGCAGCCAUGACUCUUCUUUACGCUCUGGUCUUCUACAGUCUGCGCAAGCGCCUCCGGAGGGAAGACCAGACUUCAGCACCUGUUGAAUCUAAACUAAGGGCUUUUCUAAUCAAGGAGAAGCGGCUGGCACGUUCUCUGGCUCUGGUUCUCCUGCUGUUUGCGGCGUGUUGGAUGCCUCUGCAUCUCAUGAAUUGCGUACUGCUUUCAACAGGUCCUCAAGGCGUUCCCCAGAUCGCUUUCUAUGCAGGAAUACUCCUCUCCCAUGCUAACUCAGCCGUGAACCCUGUGGUCUACGCCCUCCGUAUCACAAAGAUCAGAGAGGCUUACCUGGAGAUCUGGAGACGGUAUGUAUUGUGCUGGAGAGGACAAGGAGACUUUUCAAGUUCCUCGUGGAGAUCCCAGCCAGGAGAAACUAAUACUGGCCAUCAAACUACAUUACCUUCCAAUAAUGACACAUGACUCAAGCAGAUAAGCUAAAAUUAUAAUUUCACUGUAUGAUACAAUUGUGAAUGGAUCUUUGAGUGACAAUAUACUGGAGACUGACAGAGCCAACAAAGUCACUGAAAAGCUUUAGUCUUCAGGAGCCAUAAAGCUGCAUGACCACUAGAGGGCGUUACAAGCUUUUGCAAUGACACUCAAAACUGCUAGUCAUUUUAACUGAGAAAGAGCAGACAUGCAAUAGUGAAAAUAUAUUACCUUUGUAAAGCCUGACGUGAAAAUAUGGUACGAAAACUCAAAUCAUAGUUGAUGAAUCAGGCUUUUAUGGUUCAUGUAGUAUGAUAUUCUGAGAAUAUGAAGCUCAUACUCAGAGUAAAGGAAACGUUAAGGCACAAAUUGAGCAAAAAUAUGCAAUUUAGUACAGUUGCUUGUUAUCAGUUGUUAUCAGUUGUCACUCUAUAUCUCCCAAUAAUAUUUCUUAGUGAGAUGAUAUUUAAAUGCUUAGUUUUUACUGUGGUGGGCAAAACGUAUAAUGCAAUGCACUAUAAUGAUGAUUGGAAGAUGAACAAUAAUGUCUCAGUCUGAUAUAUUAUAUUUGAUACUCUCAUUUUAACAUGAUUUCUCUUAAAAAAUAAAAAUAAAUAUAUGUGCGGAUAAUCCGUCACACCUAAGUUGCUUCAGUCCAGUAAGUGUGUAUCUUGAAAUAUUACUAACAACAUAAAAGUUAAUCUUAUGUUUACUUUAUAAAAUUUGUUAAAGCUUUCACAGCAAAAAGACACAUGAACCAUGAACUAAAAAAUUAUGCUUGUACAAAUUAUACUAAAAAGGACUUUUACUUGAUAAAAAAAAAAUAUAAACUAUUAAUCAGAUGGCAGUAGGCAUGAAGUAGAUUUUUUUCAACAGGUUUUUCAGCAAAGUUUUGAUAAUGUUGAUAAUUUGGUUGUAGAAAUUGUG